CUUCCUGAAAGUACUUCCUGAAGCCAAGCAGGAGUUAUGACUUGGCGAUUAAACACCGAUUAGAGUCGACACUUAUCAAUACGGAUGAAGUCAGAGUAUAACCGAGCAUAAGUGCCGCCUUUGUGUACGUCCAAACAAAAAAAAAGCAGUGAACAGGGUCAGUCACGUGACCGGGUGUCGUACUUCAAGAUGGAGAUUCUGCGAAGUGUUAGCAGUUAGCACAACUAGCUGUUUACAUUUGCAACAAAAUGGCUAAAGACGCCUUUCUGGCUUUCAUCUGCUGACAUCCCUUGGAUUUGACUGAGAGCUUCGUAUUUUUGGGACGGCCAUGAAAUCAAAUUAAAACGGAGCCGCCGAGGAACGUCCGAUUUAAGUGAGGGCGAAAGAAAAACUGUCAAUGUGCGUAUUCGCAAACUUAUUUUAAGAGGAAAUCGAAAUGGCAUUGAGAGAGUUAAAAGUGUGUCUCUUGGGGGAGACUGGUGUUGGAAAGUCCAGUAUUGUGUGGAGAUUUGUGGAAGACAGUUUUGAUCCCAAUAUCAACCCAACAAUUGGGGCUUCCUUCAUGACUAAGACAGUGCAAUAUCAAAAUGAACUGCACAAGUUUCUCAUCUGGGACACAGCUGGACAAGAGCGAUUCCGUGCUCUGGCUCCAAUGUACUACAGAGGUUCAGCGGCGGCCAUCAUUGUUUAUGACAUCACAAAAGAGGAGUCCUUCCAGACACUGAAAAAUUGGGUUAAAGAGUUGCGCCAACACGGACCGCCAAAGAUCGUGGUUGCCAUUGCUGGUAACAAAUGUGAUCUGUCGGAUGCCAGGGAAGUGUUGGAGAAGGACGCCAAAGACUACGCCGACUCCAUCCACGCCAUCUUUAUAGAAACCAGUGCCAAGAAUGCCAUUAACGUCAACGAGGUGUUUAUAGAGAUAAGUAAACGUAUACCGGCAGUAGAUGAAACCGGAGGAAGUCCAGGUAAAAGUUUCAAACUGGGAAGGCAGGCUUCAGACACCAGCAGGACGUGCUGCUGAGGAUGGGAACGGUGACCCUCUGCACAUGAUCUAUGACUUCGCUUUUGCAUUCAAUCCUGCAACUCUGAUUUGUGCUCUCUUCGACACCAAUAACAAUUUAUUAUUUUUUUGUUAAAAGCACCGGCCACUCUCCUCUCUUCGCUGAUGCACACAGCAAAGUUUUUUUCCACCCAAAUGUAAUGCUUAUUUAUUACAAUAACUAGGCUUUUAUUUUCAUUUAAAACCUGUUUGAUGAUGUGUGGGUGACUGACAGUAAAAUAACCAUUGAAAUAUUUUUAUAUUUUUGACUAAAUUGCACAACAUGUCAUCAUCCUUUCUCUUGUACUAAAGCAUCUAGUCGCCUAUUUGUUUCAUCCAAACAAGGGAAAAUUUACAUUUAAAGUUUUAGGAGAAUGUUAAAUUCUUUGUGCUUUGUGUCUAAUUGGAUUUUUUUUUUUCUCGGUUGGUGUUACGCUCAUAAUUCUUUGCACACUGAACUUAACAGUAAUGUGGAACACAUUAAAAUCAAAGGACUUAAUACUAUGAAGUAAAUACUUCAAUAUUUUAUUUUUACGACCCCCUAACUCAUGAUUAAAUACUGUUAAAAUGUAACAUUACUUCACCUUUCAAAUGAUAUUUAAAUAACUUUUGGUUACACUUUGUUAGAUUAGGGAACAUGUAUUACUGUGAAUAAACUACUAGCAUCAUCAUAUUGGCCAGUAGUUAAGCAUAAUAAAGUGUCGAUUAGCAUCUUGUUAAGAUGCUAAUAUUAACUAUAUUUUACCCUGGAGUGGUCACUGACAGUUUACUCUAAACAACUGCACAAUUACUGAUUAUUAACAGCAAAUCAGAAACGUAUGCGCAUUUAAGUGGUUAAUAUGUGCUCUCCAAUCUUAAGUGUUACCCACAUUUUUGUAAACCACCAUUAAAAAUGUAUGACCUACCAUUUUAAAGCUACUUGUAUUUCAAAUAAUUCCAUUAUUGCUUUGUACGUAUGGGGUCUUUCAAAUGUUCUUGGAUGGCUGUUGCAAUUCAUCUGAUUUGCGUAGUCGCAAAGAUGCAUUGCAAGUGCAGUAUUUUCCCAAGUUCCAGCCAAUUUACAGUUUCCUGGCCGGCAUGUGUGCCUUCAUUUCUUUACUGCACCUUUAGUAGAGUUUAACGCGAGUUAAUUUGCAGAGUAUUUCGCGGAAUUGUCCUAUAAAAGUCCUUCAGCUCUAUUUUUCAACAUGCAGUAUUGAAUUUAUGACCUGAUGAAAAACCAUGGAAGCUCACCCUCAUGUUUAAAUGAGCAAGAGGUGCAAGAUGCUGACCUUCGAAUGAACCUCUCUCUCGCUUCUGCUCUCAAUUACGGUGUUUGUUCCCGGGCCUGCUCCAUGGUUUUUCUAUCUCUCUCUGUUUUUUUUCUCUAUGAUUCCUUCACAUUAUGAGCUCUCAGUCUAAAUUUAGUAUACAGUACUAUAGAAUCUCCAACUGGCAAGUGUUGUGAUAACACCAUGAGUUUUAGGUAGCAGCAUUGACUUGUUUGUGGUUAGCGGUCAAUGUAAGGUUGAAAUCCAAUUUGUAACAGUACUUUAAUAUCUUCUUUAGUCUUGUAAUACAAAGACAUACAUUUUUGACCUCAUCUGACACCACCCAAAGUUAAAUCCACCUCUUUGCACUUCAAGUUUUCAGCAGCUUAGUGCCUCUUUUUUGUUAACCAAACCAUGAAUUUUGGGAUAGUAAUUUUAUAAUUAUUUUCCAUAGUGCCAGCCAGUUGCAUUCAUUAUUUACACUUUUGUGCAUUAUACUAUUUUACCUGAAGACAUUUGGGCUUGUAUAUGGAGGUCAUUUAAAGUUCAAAAGCUUGCCAGAGGUCUUUAAUGUUUGAUUUUAGUGAGUCAUGCAGCACUACAUUUUAUUGAGAUUGUCCAUCGGUAAGAAAGAAAGCUCUGGUCAUUGGAUACCUGCACUUUGACUGUCUGUGUUAAUUGACGUGUGAUAUUGACUCUAGACAAUGUUCUGUUAUUAAUGUGGGUAUUAUUAAUGUUUUUUUUUCAUAUAUGUUUAUAUGCGGUCGUAGGUCUUGAGCGUUCCUGUCGAUUUGAAGAAUAUGGUGCCAAUGAAGCCAUUUAAUGUGCAGUUAACCAUUUUUAUUGUUUAUGUUAUGCAAUGAUUUUAAGUGCUGAUUCAUUACUUUCAAUGUGUAACAUUAAAGUGUUUAUUUUACCUACUGAUCAGAGGGCAUGACCAGAAAAAAUGUGAGCUUUAUAUAAACGUAUGCACAUGAAUCUUAGGCUGGCCCUGGGAGCGUGAUGGAUCUACGAAGUGUGUUUUUGUCAUCAUGUCAAAAGAGGUAAUAGAUCAGUCGAUUUCUUUGCUUGUUGUGCACAAAACAUCUGUAAAACUUCUGCAGUAAUCUUUUUCCUGAAAACAGUUGUCAUACAGUGUACUUACGAAUGUGUGAAAAGGGAAUUGUUCAUUUCUAAUAAAACAUUGAUGAACUAUAAA